UGAUUGGUCGGGCUGUGGUUGAUUUCCCGCCCCUGCCGCUAAGACCUCCCUCUCUCUCCCUCCCAGAACCUUCCAGGCCGAAGCAGUCCGACACGCGCCGUCACGAUGAUGGGCCAGCAGGUUUUAGUGCUCAACCAGAACAUCAAGAGAGAGUCGGGACGUAAAGUUCAGACAGGAAACAUCAAUGCUGCCAAGACCAUAGCAGAUGUGAUCAGGACGUGCCUCGGCCCUCGGGCCAUGAUGAAGAUGCUGCUCGACCCCAUGGGAGGAAUCGUGAUGACCAAUGAUGGAAACGCCAUCCUCAGAGAGAUCCAGGUCCAGCAUCCAGCAGCCAAGUCCAUGAUUGAGAUCAGCCGCACGCAGGACGAGGAGGUGGGAGACGGGACCACGUCUGUCAUCAUCCUGGCGGGGGAGAUGCUGGCGGUAGCAGAGCAGUUCCUGGAGCAGCAGAUGCACCCGACGGUGAUCAUUGGCGCCUACAGACGGGCUCUGGAGGACAUGUUGGACACUCUGAAGGACAUCAGCAUCCCUGUGGACACGGUGGACCGCUCCAUGAUGCUGAAGAUCGUCCACUCGGCUAUCAACACCAAAGCGGUGAGCCGCUGGUCAGAGCUGGCGUGCAGCAUUGCGCUGGACGCCGUCCGCACCGUGGAGCUGGAAGACAAUGGACGCAAGGAGAUCGACAUCAAGAAGUAUGCCAAAGUGGAGAAGGUUCCUGGCGGGAUCAUCGAGGACUCGUGUGUCCUGAAAGGCGUGAUGGUCAACAAAGAUGUGACACACCCGAGGAUGAGACGCGUCAUCAAAGAGCCACGCAUCGUCCUGCUGGACUGUUCCCUGGAGUACAAGAAGGGCGAGAGCCAGACAGACAUAGAGAUCAGUAAGGAGGAGGACUUCGCCCGAAUCCUGCAGAUGGAGGAAGAAUACAUCCAGCAGAUCUGUGAGGACAUCAUCCGCCUCAAACCAGACCUGCUGUUCACUGAGAAGGGCAUCUCAGAUUUGGCGCAGCACUACCUGAUGAAGGCCAACAUCACUGCCAUCCGCCGCGUGAGGAAGACCGACAACAACCGCAUCGCCAGGGCGUGCGGCGCUCGCAUUGUCAGCCGAACCGACGAACUGCGCGAGGAAGACGUUGGUACGGGGGCGGGGCUGUUUGAGGUCAAGAAGAUCGGCGAUGAGUAUUUCACCUUCGUCACUGAGUGUAAAGACCCAAAGGCCUGCACCAUCCUGCUGAGAGGAGCCAGCAAGGAGAUCCUCGCUGAAGUGGAGAGGAACCUUCAGGAUGCCAUGCAGGUGUGUCGUAAUGUCCUGCUGGACCCCUUCCUGUUGCCAGGGGGCGGUGCCACAGAGAUGGCGGUGUCUAAGCGUCUGAUGGAGCGUUCCCGCGCUCUGACCGGUGUGGAACAGUGGCCAUACCGCGCAGUGGCUCAGGCCCUGGAGGUGAUCCCCCGAACCCUGAUUCAGAACUGUGGAGCCUCCACCAUCAGAGUGCUGACAUCACUGAGGGCCAAACACACUCAGGAGAACAGUGUGUGUUGGGGCGUGGACGGGGAAACAGGUUGUCUGUCUGACAUGAACACUCUGGGGAUCUGGGAGCCGCUUGCCGUCAAAGCUCAGACCUACAAGACCGCUGUCGAGACGGCCAUCUUGUUGCUGCGCAUUGAUGACAUUGUCUCUGGUCACAAGAAGAAAGACAAAGAUGACCAGAUGGGCGGACCAGGUGCCGAGUAGAUCCGGAUCGAUCCGGAUCAACGUCAGAGUCACUCCAGUGUGUGUGUGUGUGUGUGUGUGUGUGUGUGUGUGUGUGUGUGUGUGUGUGGACCAGACGACUCUCUGAAACUUCCUGAACCUGUUAAUAAAGUUAACGUUGGUUAAAUGUCCA